CCAGGUAUAAGAGCUGAGCUCAGGUGCCCGGACGCCUAGCGUCUGUCCCAACGGCUCUCUCGCCAGGCAGAUCAUGAGCCAUCGGCUUCCCCGGCGCCAGCCAUAGGACGACACAGCUCUUGCCAGGACAAGCACACCGGGCACCAUGGGACAGUGUCGGUCAGCCAGUGCUGAGGAUGAGCAGGAAUUCAGCGACGUGGAGAGGGCCAUCGAGACCCUUAUCAAGAACUUCCACCAGUACUCUGUGGAGGGUGGGAAGGAGACGCUGACCCCCUCUGAACUUCAGGACCUGGUCACCCAGCAGCUGCCUCACCUCAUGCCGAGCAACGGUGGGCUGGAAGAGAAAAUCGCCCACUUGGGCAGCUGUGACGACUCUAAACUCGAGUUUGGGAGUUUCUGGGAGCUGAUUGGAGAAGCCGCCAGGAGUGUGAAGCUGGAAAGCCCUGUCCGGGGCAGCUGAGAACCUUUCCCUGGAAUUCUUGGGGGGGAUGUUGGGGCCUAGAAAUAAAAGUUCUCUCUACCACCAGUA